GCAGCGAGAGGAGACGGCAGAACGCAGCCAUGGUAUUCGCUGUCCGUCCGGAAGCCGUUCACGUGACAGCAGUGACACGUGAUCUUCGUCACGUGGUCGCGGGAAGAUGGCGGUGUGUGUGGCCGUGAUCGCGAAAGAGAAUUAUCCUUUGUACAUCAAAACGGUGCCAACGGAGAAUGAACUGAAAUUUCAUUACACAGUACACACUUCACUGGACGUUGUGGAGGAGAAGAUUUCAGCAGUGGGAAAGGCGCUGGUAGAUCAAAGAGAACUCUACCUGGGUCUGCUCUACCCCACUGAGGAUUACAAAGUAUACGGCUAUGUCACCAACACCAAAGUGAAAUUUGUUAUUGUGGUAGAUUCUUCCAACAUCGCGCUGAGGGACAAUGAAAUCCGUAGUAUGUUUCGGAAGCUGCACAAUUCUUACACUGAUGUCGUGUGCAAUCCGUUUUACAACCCGGGAGAAGUGAUUCAGUCCAAAGUCUUUGACAACAUGGUUUCUGGCAUGAUGGUCCAGGUGUGCUGAGGCUUUGACCUGGAGUUCCUGCUUUCCGCUGGGCCUGUGCUGUUCAACCGUCCACCUGCUCAACACUGACUGAAAUCAAAUGCCAUCUGCAUUUAUAGGCAAACUUUUCAACUCAAGGGUUAUCACUCAAGUAUACGUUAUGCAUAAUUCCCUCGAAAAUCAUAACACGGUCAGUAAUGGGUAAGGUUUCCAGGGCUCAAUAUCCUGGCCCACCUGUUUCUUAACACCGUUUCAGUGAUUUCUUCAUGAAUGGUAGACGGCAUGUUCUAUGAUAGCAGCACUGUUGUAUGGCAUAUUGUGGCUCUCAGCAGCUGAGUCACUUCCACACUGAUAAAACCUGGUACCCAAAGCAAGACUUGGGUUUUCAUUGAGCUGAGACCCUUCUGUUGGAGGGAAGUGUCCCUGUAUAAUUGUGUAUGUGGGAAUUUUAACUAAAUUUCAUAAUUUCCUGGUCUACCAUUAA